AUGAAUAGUAAGUACAAGAUCAAUGAACAGGAGGCCCUAUAUAAGCGUUUACUCGUUGGGGAACAGCAUCACAAUCUCCCGCUGCUCUCCUCCUGUCGCGUAAACUUCUUGGUCCACUAUGAAAACUCUGCCUCUUCCAUACUAACUCCCCGUCAGUUCCAGGUCCUCUGCCUCGGCCUGCUGGCUUUGGUGCGGCCUGCCGUCCUGGACUCCAGCGAGGAGGACGACGACCCGUUCCAGUUCGCGUACGCCGUGGCCGCGCCCUCUCACGGCACCUACCUCGGCCACCAGGAGACGCGCGACGACGAGGGCCACGUCACGGGCUCCUACUACCUCCUGGGCGCCGACGGGCUGUGGCGCCAGACCGUCUACGCCGACCGCGGCUUCGGCUUCGAGGCGCAGUACGACCAGAGCCCCCUCGACGCGCCGCCGCCGCAGGUCUCCGGAUCAUCCUUCUCGAUCUUCAUUCCGCCUGGCUCCUCCGCCGCCGGCGCGAGGGACACCCAGGCAGUCAUCGGCCAGCCGGUCGCGCUCUCUGCCGCCGGAGGGGCCCAGGCGCCCGCGCCUCUGGCUGCACCUGCUCCUGCACCUGCACCGGCUCCUGCUGCUAUUGAUAUUCCUCCUGUUUCAUUCCAAGUUCCCGCCCUAGCCGCUGCCGCUGCCCCCGCCCAAGCAACUUUUUCUGCUGCCCCUGCCCCUGCCCCCGCCCCUGCCCAAGCAACUUUCAUUGCUGCCCCUGCCCCUGCCCCCGCCCCUGCCCAAACAACUUUCAUUGCUGCACCUGCCCCUGCCCCCGCCCCUGCCCAAGCAACUUUCAUUGCUGCACCUGCCCCUGCCCCCGCCCCUGCCCAAGCAACUUUCAUUGCUGCACCUGCCCCUGCCCCCGCCCCCGCCCAAACAACUUUCAUUGCUGCCCCUGCCCCUGCCCCCGCCCCGCCCAAACAACUUUCAUUGCUGCCCCUGCCCCUGCCCCCGCCCCUGCCCAAACAACUUUCAUUGCUGCACCUGCCCCUGCCCCCGCCCCUGCCCAAGCAACUUUCAUUGCUACCCCUGCCCCCGCCCCCGCCCCUGCCCAAACAACUUUCGUUGCUGCCCCUGCCCCUGCCCCCGCCCCUGCCCAAGCAACUUUCAUUAAUGCCCCUGUCCCCGCCCCUGCCCCCGCUCCUGCUCCAGGUGGCUUUGUAA